AUGCAGUCAUGCCUUGAGGAGCGCAUCCAGGCAGCCAUUCGCAAGCUCGGUCCCGGCCCUAUCGCACAGGCCCUGGCUCACAAGCAUCCGUGGGCGCAGCUAAAGGCAGUUGCUGGGCGUCCAGGCAACAACUUUCGUUGGGUCACGGCCGAUGAGCUUUCACAGCACAUCGAGGCUAAGGCCUCCCCUCAGUUUGGAACAUCAGUUCCCAAAGGCAAGGACAAGAAAAAACCGCAAAAGGCACCCCGUGCCCCUGCUGUGCUCCAAGUCGACCCUGCCAAGCUCUUGUUGUCUCCUGGGUCCUUUGUCAAUACGGAUGGCACCCCUUUGCCACAGAUUUCGUUUGAAGAGGUUGGAGCACUUGCCGCCGGAGUUGCCUUCUGUAGUAGUGGUCAGGCUACGCCGUUCCUUGAGUCUGGCAAAUCUUUGAGCGUAGACUCCUUAGGCCUUGUCUGCGUCAGCUCCCUUUCACCGGAGCAAUGUGGGGCUGCUCGGGUCAGCGCAGUCCAUUUUCCUGCCAUUUACGGGCCCACGGGAGAAGCUGUUCUCCUACGAGGGUCCCUCAUUCAGUUAGGGGACGAGUCCGUCCAGCUGCAGCAGGGCCAGAUCGCUGACACAGACCAGCUUGACACUGCAACGUGCAGAUUUACAGUGUUCAGGGAUGAGGCUGUGCUUGAUUGGGCAGCUUUCGCACAGUCCCCCAUCCGCACUUUGGUUGUUGGGAACCCAGGCCUCUCUCUUUGCAAAGACGCGUCUUGCAGUCAGUCUUGCGGCAAGUUCCACCCCUCCGUGGAGGAGGCUGAUUGCUUCUACGCCGAGCCUAGAGCGCCUGGGGGCUCUGCCCCGCAUGCUGGAUUCGCAGUGGUAUGGCUUCCUGAGGCGGAUUAUCCCAAGGCUCUUCACGUGUUGCGUACCUGCCCCCAAGCAGUCGCUCUCACACGCCUUGGCAAGCGAUACGGCGUCAGAUGCCGUGAGGCAGAUGAGCAAUUGGUACAUCAGACAUUGCGGCCUGGCAGUGAUUUCCAGAAGAUCAAGAUCACUGCUCACUGGCACCUCCACCCUCUACCGUUCGGCUGCCAACGCAAGCACUUGCAGGGCCUCCUUAAAUCCUGGGCGUGGAGCGCCCGUCCAUUGCAGCCAGCUCGAGGCAAUGGAGAAGGGGCCGCCUGGAUUGUCGGCGCCGCCGAGGACCCGCCUGCCUGGUCCAGCCAUUGCAUGUGGGGGUACCUUUGUGCUGGUACGCAAAGUUCGAGACACUGUUGCUCCCGCGCCCCAGACAGGCAUUACUGCUUCAGGCCGUACAGCCUCAUCUUGUACGACGAUGGUGAGGAAGGGCCCAGCGCGUGUCUGGCUCGGCCGCCUCCCGGUCUUCCUCCGCCUGCCGCUCCUGCCAGUUCUGGCACGCAAACCAAGAUCACACAGCUCAGGGAGGAGCUUUCCCAGGGAAUGAAAGAACUCCAGGCGCAGAACACCAAGUUCGAGGGUUGGUUCCAGACCUUUGGUCAGAAGGUCACCGAAUCGCACAACACCGAAUCGCACAACAAGGUUGAGACUCUCCAGCAGUCUUUUCAGGCACAGGCGAACGACGUUGCCCAGCUUCGUGUUGAGGUGAGCAGGCAGGCCGAACAGUUGCCUGCUACUGUUCAGUCUGCAGUCAGCUCACUGUCUGCUGAACUUGGUGCUCAGAUGCAACAACAGUUUCAGCAACAGCAUAGCCAGCUCGAAGCGCUGCUCUCCAAGAAGCAGCGAUCAGAGCGGGCGCAGCCGCUCCUCUCCGAGCCCACAGUGACUGGGCCGGCUCAUGGGAUCUAUGAGACAGCUCGGGUCCAAAUAGUUCAGGUUCUAAUCGAGGGCUUCCCCCUCCUCUUUGCCAACGCUUAUGGAUAUAGCCGUGGUCAUCCACAAGCUACUGCUGCCACUGAGGCUCUCCUGAAGCCGAUCACCAAAGAGCUUGUAUUUGGCCGCGUUGGCCCCAGGGUCAUCUGCGGAGACCUGAAUGCAGAUGAGGAUGCAUUGCUGCAAACCCAGAUCUGGCGCCAGCAAGGCUGGAUCGAGAUUCAAGAUCUCGCCUGGCAGCGCUGGGGACACAUUCCGGCACCCACCUGUAAGGCCGCAACCAGACGGGACUUUUUGUACCUGUUUUGUGAGGUCGCGGCCCUUUGCUCAGACAGCGCGGUUCUGGAGAUUUAUCAGGAACACUCUACGGUUGCCGCAAAGGUAGUAAUUGCUUCCAACGCUGGUGCUGUCCGCUGCUGGCCUCGUCCGGCCGAAAUCCCCUGGAACAGCAUUGCAUUGGAUGGCCUCAAUGUGUCAUCUCAUGUCCCUCUUCCUCCUUACCCUGACUCCAGUCGCCGCUUUCAGCAACACGCACAGCUGUUUGAGCAGAGCUUGAAUGGGCAUGUAGCUUCCCCUGGAGGCCAACUCCCCGCCUGUUGUUUUGGACGGGCAAAGUUCACUAGCCCCGUGGUCAAAGAUCUGCAAGUGCAGGCAUCCCGAGCCAGCCGGGCAGGUGAUGAGGUCCUCCAGAGUGAUCUCCUCUCCCUUGAAGUUCGCCGUUGGUUCAAGCAACUUCGUAGAAUACAAAGCCUUCGACAGGCGCUCCAACGCCCCAGCUACACUCUUUCUGCUCUGGAAUAUCGGGGCAACCUGUGGGCGUGCAUCAAGAAUUCCACCGUGGCUUUGUCUCCUGGUGGCUGCACAGGCCACUCUGAGUGGAAGCUGGAUGGCCAGACUGUCCGGAUUGCACACCUGUCCCCUGGUGCCCUUGUCCUGCCAGCCAUUACACCGGCUCAGUGGCUCUCAGCCCUUCGCAAGUUCAAGCCCAGGGCCGCCCGGGGUCCGGAUAGCUAUGCACGGGAUGACCUUCUUGCAAUGCCACUGCCCCAUGUCCAGGAACUUCUGCUGCUUCUCUCAGACAUUGAGGCAGGGGCUGCAUGGCCUAACCAACUCCUGAUUGGUCUGGUCACCGCACUGCACAAACGCAACGGACACGACUCUGUCCAUGGGUACGAGCCCUCGCAAACCUGUCAUGCUGGCCCUGUGAGCCUGCAUGUUUGCCACGCUGUGCAACCAAGCGCGCUCUGCCAGCGCCCGAAGAGCAGGGAGUGGAAGGUGAAGAAG